AUGUUGCCGUACCAGGCUGCCGUGGCCAUGGACUAUGCCGGCUACCAGCGCCAGCCAACGCCCGGGCAUCCCGGUUCCCACAUGGCGACCAUGGGCUCCCUGGCCAUGCCGGCGGUGCCGUUCAGCCACAGCUGGAUGGUGCCCACCCAGGACCUGUGCGCUAUGCCUCCGUAUAACAAGAUGCCCGGACAUCAGCAGCCGCCAGGACCCGGCAUGCAUGCCCAGCAACAGCCCAUCGAACCAGGCAUCCUGGAACUGCGCAAGGAGAAGUCGAGGGAUGCGGCGAGAUCGCGUCGCGGCAAGGAGAACUACGAGUUCUACGAGCUGGCCAAGAUGCUGCCCCUGCCGGCAGCCAUCACCAGUCAGCUGGACAAGGCGUCCAUUAUAAGACUGACCAUCAGCUAUCUGAAGUUGAGGGACUUCUCCGGACACGGCGACCCGCCAUGGACAAGGGAGGCCUCAAGCAGCAGUAAGCUCAAAAGUGCCGCCAUCCGUCGCAGUCCCGCCGUUGAUUUGUUCGAGCAACAUCAGGGCACCCACAUACUGCAGUCGCUGGAUGGCUUUGCCCUGGCCGUUGCAGCGGACGGGCGCUUCCUGUACAUCUCGGAAACGGUGUCUAUCUACCUGGGUCUGUCGCAGGUGGAGAUGACCGGCAGUAGCAUUUUCGAUUAUAUCCACCAGGCGGAUCACUCGGAGAUCGCCGAGCAGCUGGGCCUGAGCCUCACUAGCGGCGGAGGCAGCAGUGGAGGAGGCGGUAGCUCCGGUGGAGGCGGCGGUUCGGGAACGGGCAUGGCCUCGCCCACUUCCGGAGCCUCGGACGAUGGCAGCGGCACACACGUUGCCGCCUCUAUGACCCAGGCCUCGACGAGUGGCUACAAGGGCUACGACCGGAGCUUCUGUGUGCGGAUGAAGUCAACACUGACCAAGCGCGGAUGCCACUUCAAGUCCUCUGGAUAUCGGGUGGUCCUCCUGCUGUGCAAGCUGCGUCCCCAGUACACCUUCUCGCACAGCCGCAAGUCGCAGCCGCCGCUCCUUGGAAUGGUGGCCUUGGCCAUUGCUCUGCCUCCGCCAUCGGUGCAUGAGAUUCGGCUGGAGUGCGAUAUGUUCGUGACCCGGGUGAAUUUCGAUCUCCGAGUGGCCCACUGUGAGCCGAGGGUGUCCGAUCUGCUAGACUACACGCCGGAGGAUUUGGUCAACAAAAGCCUGUACUCGCUGUGCCACGCCGAGGAUGCCAAUCGCCUGCGUAAGAGCCACACGGAUCUGAUCGAAAAGGGGCAGGUACUGACCGGCUACUACCGACUGAUGAACAAGAAUGGAGGCUACACCUGGCUCCAGACCUGCGCCACCGUUGUCUGCAGCACCAAGAACGCCGAUGAGCAGAACAUCAUUUGCGUCAACUAUGUGAUCAGCAAUCGGGAGAACGAGAACCUGAUCCUGGACUGCUGCCAGCUGGAGCCCAGCGUGGACAGCAUCAAGCACGAGGAGAGCUUAGGCAACGACAAAAGUAGCGGAUCCCCGGGUGGCGAUGCCCCCGGGGAGGGCAACUCGCACCUAAGUGCCGGCGAUAUGAAGUUAAACUCGCCGAAGACCGAUCCCGAUGGCCAUUCACACCGCGGCCGAGGUCGCAGUGCAGCGGCCUCGCACGGCAGCAGUCUGAAUAGUCUCAGCCUGAUCAAGGAUAGUCCCACGCCGCUCGGCGUGGAGAUCGAUGCCGGCGUGGGGGUGCUGCCCACCACGGUGGCCACGCCAGUGCCGGCGGCAGCCACGCCCAUAGGCAGCACCUCCAACACCGGCCACGGUGGAGCAACCACCAAACGGAAGCGCAAGACCAAGGCGGCCCAGCAGGCAGAAGAUCUGGAACGUCAGGACCAGGCUAUGCCAGAACAGCCUCUGCCCAAGCUGCCGGCUAUGGAGCAGCGCGACCAGCAGCAGCCCCGCAGCCGCCUACCUUCGAUCGUGGACGAGCAGCAACCCGCCUCCUCGGCAGCGGACUCGGCGGUUAAGGACCUGGAGCACGCCAUGUCCAAGCACCUGCCCUCGCCGGUGGCGGUGUCAGUGGCCCCAGCCCCCAGUACCGACUUCAGCGCAGACUCCCUGCUCAAACAGCAGCAGCAGCAGCAGCUCGAUCCCAACGAGAAAAGCAGCACUAUCCAAUGGAUAGGCACGCCCUACCAGCAACCGCCGGCGCCCAUGCCCGCCACGGCGCUUCUCCGGCAGCUGUACGCGAAUCGGGAGAGCGUAAUCCGGGCCACAGCCCGCCAGACGCCGACCGGUGUCGGCCCUGGUGUCUUCUACGGAGACCAGCAGACAGGACCUUUGCCCACGCCGCCGGGCAGUGAGUCCUCGUACGAAAAUCAAUAUCUGCAGCUGCACUCUGCCGCCUCGUCUGGCGGACAUUCCGGCAGCGGCCAGAAGACCUCUGCCGAUGCUUUUACCAAUCUGGUGUCCACCUACGGAGGCUAUCACAGCUCCAUCGACUACCACAACGCCAUGACCCCGCCCAGCUCAGUAUCCCCGCGGGACUCCAAUCAGCCCGGCAAGUCGGCUCCCGUGCUCACUUCCAAUGGCGGUGGCUACGACUACGCCCCCGAUCCACUCCGUGGCCAGUAUGCGACGACAUCUGGAGACGGAGGAGUACUUCCCGCUACGUUGCCCCUAAAACCGCAGGCAUACACGGCCGCCAUGCACCCGUCGACCACCACCACCGAGGGCGGGGUCACUUACAGCAACCUGGACCAGCCGCAGUACUUUGCGCCGCACUCGAGCUUCCAUCUCUACCACAAGGGCAGCCCGACCAGCGGUUGGUACUCCACACCCUCCUAGGUGCUAGACGAUCAGGGCCAGACCCACUCCUACCAGGAGCACCACCACCAUCUUCAGCAACAGCAAUACCAGGAUGGCAGGCAGAGCCAGGCAGCGGGCGGCGAUAGGUGGGACUUUGUGGGGGCGCUGGGCAAGGUAGCCAGGAUGUUCUUCAGCGCUAGGAAGGGGAAUCCGGGGUAGAGCUAGUACCACGAGAUAAUCUUCCCUUUUUUCUAGCUUUGCUCUAUUUGGUUUCUUUUGUGGAGCUCCCCUGAGGAUUGGACCCUCCUACCCCUAGCAAUCCUUAAGAGCUAGACUAGAUAUAGAGCGUUAAAUGGAACAUUAAAUGUUGUUAAAUAAUUUUAAGGCUGUAAAUUAUGAAACACACACCACACACUGAGACGCCCAAUGAAAUUACACUCAAGAAUACUCAAAACGCAAUUGAUUUAAACACACAAACCUAACGAGUAAAGAGUAAUGAGUUAUGAGUGGCAAGUAAGGCUAAACUUAAUUAAAAUUAACUAAAUAAACUAAGACUUGCAUAGAGUGCCACGAAACAGACAACAUUGAAAACAUGAAACCCAGCUAUGAGGAGAGCGAAUCGAACGGCUUGGGCCUAACCCUCUCUCUUGUUAUUAAUUAUUUAAAUAAAUCGUAGUUUUACCGAUACAUAGACCUGCGCGUAUAUAAGAUUUACUCAUUAUAAUAUAUAGUAUCCCUAACAUACCAUAUAAAUAUAUUUAAAGACAUUUUUACAACAUAUCAAAUGCUUCCUCCUGUAGGUCCUAGGAUUUAUCUGUAAACGAGAAGUGACUCGACUCAACUCUUGACUCGGUUAUAGUAUCUCUAAGAGUUCUGCUAAAAUUCGUCUAACUCCGUUUCCUCCCUAUUGUAUAUUUAAUGAAUCUAAUAGUUAAAAACAAAAAAAAAAACCGG